AUGGAUCGAUUUGUUGUUAGUUGUCUAAAAGCUACAUUCACAUCUACAAUUUCUGGGGAUGUUCUUAGUCUAACUACAUCAAGAGAAAUAUGGGAAUUUCUUGAGUCCUGUUUUCAAACUCAAUAUAGAGCAAGAAAGAAUAUGUUGAGAGCACAAUUGUUUGGAAUCAAGAGAGGAAAUUUAAACAUUCUAGUGUAUUUACAGAAAAUUAAGUCCAUAACAGAUUCCCUAGCUGCCAUUGGAGAGAAAGUUAAUGAUUCUGAUCUUAUAAUGCAUGUUUUGAAUGGUUUGGGUAGAGAGUAUGAUACUUUUAUUAUCUCAGCUCAAAAUAAAGAUAAUCCUUAUACUUUUAGUGAGUUGAAAGCAAGACUACUUACCCAUGAGCAGUGGUUAUUUGAUCAAGACCGUGAUACUACUGGAAUUUAUGAUAGUCAACAUAAUUCCGGCUUAUAUGCAAGAAAUGGUAAUUCUAAUUCAGGGAAUAGUUAUAAUGCUAAUGGUGGCAAGAAGAAGAAUGGUUCAAAUUUUCCUUAUGGAAGAGGUAAUGGGAAUAAAAGUGGACAAUAUGGAAGUAGUUUUUCUAAUAUUCAAGGAAAUUAUGAUCCAGGAAGUAGUUCUACAUCAACUGGUGGAUCUAGGAGGUUUGAUUUAUCACAAGUUGAUUGCCAAAUUUGCAGAAAGAAAGGGCAUUAG